CACAUGAGAGAGAGACAGACAGAGAGAGAGAGACAGAGAGAGAGAGAGCUUUCCAGUGUUUAUUAGAGUUCACUAGUUCACCUCAGCUCACACUGAGGUCCUGCUUUAGGAUACAUCACUGGAAAACUUUGGAAAACUCUGAAAAACUCUGAAAAACUCUGGAAAACCACUGGAAAACUCUGGAAAACCUCUGAAAAACUCUGAAAAACCUCUGGAAAACUCUGAAAAACUUUGUUAAACUCUGGAAAACCGGACUGGACUAUACCCAGCUUCCAAAUAAACUGGAGAAAGACCAGCCCUGACCUUCCACCCUCAUCAUCGUCAUCACCCUCAUCAUCAUCAAUUUUGUUGCAUCAGGCCUGGGAUCCUCCAGCCCUGCUCUGGUACUGAACUGGUCAUGGUCGGAGCGGUCAGAAGGUCAGGAUGAUUUCUCAGUACCCGCUGGCAUCACUGCUGCCCUGGCCUCCUCUACCACUCUGCCUGGAUCUGGACCGGGAUGGAGGAGGUGUGGCCCUGCAGAGGUACCAGCCCCGAUCCCCGGAGAGCAGCACACGACACUGGAGUUCAGUGCAGGACUGGGGGGAGGAGGUGGAGGAGGGCGCCGUUUACAGCGUCACUCUCAAGAGGGUCCAGAUCCAGCAGGCCGCAAACAAAGGAGCUCGAUGGCUGGGGGCGGAGGGUGAUCGUUUACCCCCGGGUCACACGGUCAGUCAGUUGGAGACGUGUAAAAUCCGAAGUAUCCGAGCGGGAACACUGGAGCGGCUUGUGGAGACGCUACUGACAGCAUUCGGAGAUAAUGACCUCACCUACACCAGCAUCUUCCUGUCCACAUACAGGGCCUUCGCCAGCACCCAGAGCGUCCUGGAGCUGCUGCUGGACAAGUACGGGAACAUGGAGGACUGUAACAGAGAGAGCAGUCCUCUUCAAGCAGGAGAAAGCAGAGGAGCUGUGAGAACUGCGUUAGCGUCAAUCUUGCGAGCGUGGUUGGAUCAGUGCCCUGAGGAUUUCCAGGAGCCACCGUCGUACCCCUGCCUGACCAGGGUGUUGGACUUCCUGCAGAAGGCCAUGCCCAGCUCAGAGCCCACGCGCCGGGCACAGAGCCUGCUGGAGCAGCUGCAGAGCCAGACCAGCCUGGAGAGCGACACUGAUGGAGGCUUCCAUGGGAAUAGUCCGUUCUGCCUGGGCGAAGACGAGGAAGUGGAGAUCGAGGUGCAGGAGGACUUCCUGAGCUUUAGCGCCGACCUGGUGGCCGAACAGCUCACCUACAUGGACGCGCUACUGUUUAAGAAGGUGGUCCCGCACCACUGUUUGGGCUCAGUUUGGUCACAGCGAGACAAAAAGGAGAACAAGCAGGCCGCGCCCACCGUCCGCGCCACCAUAACCCAGUUUAACGCUGUGGCCGGCUGUGUGGUCAGCACCGUCCUCCACCAGCGCCACCUACGGCCACACCUGCGGGCUCGCAUCAUCCAGCGCUGGAUUGAUGUCGCACAGGAGUGUCGAAUCCGUAAGAACUUCUCCUCCCUCAAAGCGAUCGUCUCAGCCCUGCAGACCAACCCCAUCUACAGGCUGAAGCGAGCCUGGGCCUGUGUGCACAAAGACAACAUGCAAGUGUUUGAGGAGCUUUCUGACAUUUUCUCUGAUCACAACAAUUACCUGACCAGCCGAGAGCUGCUGAUGAGGGAAGGAACGUCAAAAUUUGCCAAUCUGGAGAACUGCGCCAAAGAGCAUCAGAAACGCUCUCAGAAGAGACUCCAGCUACAGAAAGAUGCGGGGGCGAUGCAGGGGACGAUUCCUUACCUUGGCACAUUUUUAACAGACCUGACGAUGCUGGACACGGCACUGCCAGACCUGGUAGAGGGUGGUCUCAUCAACUUUGAGAAGAGGAGGAGGGAGUUUGAGGUGAUCGCUCAGAUUAAGCUCCUGCAGUCUGCCUGUAACAGUUACUGCCUCAGCCCUGACUCAGCGUUCCUGCGCUGGUUUAAGAGCCAGUCCCAGCACACUGAGGAAGAGAGUUAUGCUCUGUCCUGCGAGAUUGAAGGUCUGGGAGACAGCAGCCCUACAUCGCCCAAGUCCCGCACCAGCAUGGUGAAAAGACUGAGCCUGCUUUUCCUGGGAGUGGAUGCCACAGCUGCGAGCUCACCGGUGAGAGAAACGCCGAGGUCGCCUCCUACUGGCAGCUCCGGGGAGAGCAUGGACUCGGUCAGCGUGUCCUCCAGUGACUCAAGUCCCUCAGACAGCGAGGGCAUGACGCCUACGCACACGCUUCACUCUCAGAUGAAGAAGAUGUCCGAGUCUUCCUCCUGUACCUCUCUCCAUUCUAUGGACACCUCCUCCUCCUCUGCGAGCGGUCCAGCAUCUCUCGCCUCUCCAGCACUUCCAGGCUCCGCCCCCUGCACUCAUCGCCGCUGUGUCUCGCUCACCCCCCUCUCCCCGUCCUCCCCCUGCUCGCCCUGCCUGCCCCCCGCCUACAACACCCAGGCCCACGACGCCUGCAUCAUCAGAGUCAGCCUGGAGCAGGGCAACGGAAACCUGUACAAGAGCAUCAUGCUGACCAAUCAGGACAAAACCCCAGCCGUGAUCAGCAGAGCCAUGGCUAAGCACAACUUGGAAGAGGAGCAGGCAGAGGACUAUGAGCUGGUCCAGGUCAUCUCUGAUGAGAGAGAGCUGGUGAUCCCGGACAACGCCAACGUCUUCUACGCCAUGAACACCUCGGCCAACUUUGACUUCGUUCUGCGCGCGAGAGGCUCCGAGAGACGGCCGGUUCAGCUGCGUUCUCGCUGCAGCUCCACACUCCCACGAGCACAGCACCGAGCCAGCCUGUCCCUCAGGCUCAGCAAGGUCACACUGUGACCUUAGACCUUAGUUAGACCUGGGGCCUGGAGCUGGGGUCAGCGGAGGACUCGUAUUAUUACUAUUACUCUUACCUGUCUGUGGAGAGUCUACGUUUAAAUUGGAGUAAAUUGGAACGGUGCCUGUGGAGGACUGCCAUGAGAGUGCAAUAACACCCAGAAAACGCCAGUCAGUGUUCCUGACCUGCUUCUUAGCGCUUGAAUGAAUGUGUUUUUUUGUUUUCCGUUAUUAUUAUUUCAGCACUGUUAAAAAAUAUACAUUUCUAAGUUCUUUUUAGGGGAACCUUUUAGGUUCUUUCUUUUUUUUUAGUUUGAAACUUUGGAGGAACCCCUUUAGAAUAAAAAUAAUUAAUUAAAAAAAUAAAUUGAAGCCUCCUCCACAGUUUUAAACUGAAGAAACUCUAAAAAGUCUUCUAGAAACUUAGAAUUUUUUUUUAUAUUUUAGCAGUCUGCCCUCCAUUCGCAGGCUGUGCCUUCUUCAGUCCUGUUGCCUUGAGCUGCUCCCUGUGCUGUAUCCUGGUUCAGAAGGGUCACAGAGGAGUUCUUAACCAUGACCCUUAAAGAAGAGACUGUGGACUCUGAUUGGACCUCUGUAGCUGGAGGAUGGAUGUUUUGGAGAAAAACCCAAGUCGUUGUCAGUAUUCAGCUCUUAAUUAGAGCGUUUAUAUGUAUAUAUAUAUAUAUAUAUAUAUAUGUGUGUAUAUGUCUAUGUGCUGGAAAUCGGACAAAAAGACUUCUUCUAUUGCCUUUAUAAUGAUGAUGAAGAUGAUGAAGAUAAAGAAAGGAUUAUCGCAUCAGUAUUUGAAGUGAUCGUUGGGAUCUGUGAUGUAAUAUGCCUUUUUUUUCCCCUCCGUGUCCUCGUGUGUGCACUGUGUGGACAGCUUGGACAAUAUGGACAGUAAGGACAGUGUGGACAACAGCAGCAGCAGCAUCUUUGAGGACAUUAAUACAUCUAAAGACAUUAAUAUUAUAAUUAUUAGAGUGACUUUAUAGUGCUGUCCUGCUGCCUCUUCCCUGCAGUCUCUUUAAAAAUCUCUAAACCUCUCUAUAACGACCUUGUGUCUCUCAUAUUGUGAGCUGUGUGACGAAUGCAGAAAUGCAGCAUUCUGAUUGGUUCUCGCCGGGCUUUAUUAAGUCUGUGGUGUGUGAAUAUUAACGUUUGGAGUGGUGCCUAGCAGGUGGUCGUACCGAUAGGAAGGGUGGCCACGCUUGAAUCUGGACUGAGCUAAGAGCUGAGCUCUGAUUGGUUGCACUUGCUAGUAGAGGAGCUAGUGGGAGGAGCUUGAGAAAAGAAAAGAAAAGAGAGGAUGAGAGAGAGAGAGAAAGAGGAUCCACUAUUGCAAUCUUCCUCCCGCUCCUUACAUCCAGUAGGAAUGACGGACUUUAGUGAUUUUAUAUGUAUUGUAUGUUUUGUAUGACUGAAGGAAAACAAAAAUAGCUGUAAUAUUAUUAAGAGAAGGAUUUACUAUGUUUUUUAUUGAUUUGUAACUAAAAAAAAAUGUUAGAAAAGAUGUGAAAACUGUGAAGCCAUGAAGCCGUGACUGUAUAAUGAUAGGUUUUCGAUGUUAACUGACCCCAGUAAUGUCCUUCAGGACCCCCGGCUAGUCCACGUUUUCAUACACACUUCAUUAUAUUACUACUACUUCAUCUACUACAUCUUUAAAUAAUUAUUAAUAAUGAUUUUUUAUCAUAAUACAUUUGUAAAAACAAUUAAUAAUAUAUAUAUAUAUAUACACAGUGUAAAAGGCAGGGUUGUCAAGGUCAAGUUGACUACUUAUAAUGUUACUUAUUAUAUGACUGUUAUUAUUACUAUAUUAUCAGUACUGUAUUAAUUGUUAUUUUUAUUACUACAAUAAUUAUUUAUUGCUACUACUAUAAAGGUGGCCUUUAACACUUUUAUUUAUUAUUAAUUAUAUUACAAUGGUGUAUGUCUCUACUAUUACUAAUAUACCUAAAAAUGAUAGUAUAUCAUAUAAAAUAUAUAAUAUAUUCUCGCUGUCCAAUGAAAAACAUGUAUCUCCAAAACAGCAACGAUAUGAUAUAACCUUUGUAACUUUCAAUGGAAGUAAAAAAAAAAAAAAAAAAAAAAAGAAGAAGGAAAAGAGUUUAAAGCAGGUAAUUUUGAAGAAUUUCUAUUGGUCCAUUCUUUAAGAAAUUCUGAGAGAGUGUAUAGAAAUAUUUGUGUGUUCAAAUUGUAUUGUAAACUUAAAAAAAAAAGAAGGAAAAAAAUGAAGACAGUGACGAUAUAUAAAUUAUUUAUUAUAUAUAAUAUACUAUUAUUUUUAGAAGUAGUAGUAAUAGUGAGGACAUAUACCUUUUUUUAAAUAAUUAAUAGUAAGUGUUUAAGGCCACCUUUAUAGAAGUAGUAAUAAAUAGUAUGAAAAAUAUUGUAGUAAUAAAAAUAAAUACAAAUAAAUACAAUAUUAAUAUUUUAGUAAUAAUAACAGUAAUGAUGGUGAUGGUGGUCAUAAUUAGUAACGUAAUAAGUCAACUUGAGACAACCCUGCCGUUUACACUGUUAUUACUUGUUUUCAUGAGUUUAUUAGUUAGUCUAAAUAUAAACAUUUAAAUAUAAAUAAAUAUACAUUUGUAAGAUACAAGUGAAAGGGGUGGGAUUUUGCCAGUCACCCUCGUAAUACAACGUAAUAAGAAUAAAUCAUACAAUAAUAAUUGGAUUGUAAUUGUAAUAAGAAAAAGUAAAAAAUAAUAGUAAUGGUUUAAAUAAUGGUAAUAUUAGUUGUAUAUUGAUAAAAAUAGUAGUACUAACAGCAGUAGUAGUAGUAGUAAUAAUAACUGUUUUAAGUGUGUAAUUCUAUAAUUGGUUAAAAUGUGGACUAGUCUGAGGGUCCUACAGACCUGAGUGGAGAAACUGCCCGCCUAUAUUGGUCAGUACGGAUCUUAAGCACACUUUAUUCUCCUGACUGAACACAGUGAAAUAUGAUCACACUAACUUUCCCACUUUUUAUGCACUAAGCUAAUUAAUUAUUCCCAUCAGCCUUUAAUACAGUGUUUUAUUCACUGAAAGCUUACUGGCUACUGGCUCCACUAUUCGUUUAACACCCCAACAGCCUCUCCUCACGUUCUGCACGGGUGUGUUUCUGACUUUUAUACACUUUAUUAAUGAGUUUAAAGGUGUAAAGAUGAGUUAUGGUUGAGUGUUUCGGAUGUGGAAGAAUAGGAGGGGUAGCACUAGUCUGUGCCCUACAGAGUACAGUGUAUACGGUAGGAGGGGCUAGGGUCGUCCACCAAUAUGUGAUCAUUUAUAUAUAAAUAACUGGUUAAAAUGUGUAAAUAUAUACAAAUAUGUCAUUCAGAGUGGAUUUUUGUGAAUUGUUAUGUUUUAUAGAAAUAUACAUCACAGUUGGGGUCAAUUGGAAGAGUUAGAAAAAUGGUUAAAAGCUCCUCUAAAAGCAAAUUUUAAAGCCAGAAUUUCAGAUAUUGACACAACACCAGUUUUUUUUUCUUCUUCUAUUGUUUAGAAUGUUCAACAAAAGCCUGCCUUAGCUCACUUAAAUUAUAAAUGGCUUAAAAACAUGAUUUUUAUACCAAGCAUGGUUUCUGGUUCAUUUAAUUCAGCCUAGACUGUCUCUUUAGUUAGGUUGGACCAGUUUAGACCAACAUGAUUUAUUAUAGUUUUUUUUAAAGAGCUUCAGAUUAAUAUAUAAUUUUAAAAGUACAAUAUUUACCCCCCAAAAAGUUCUAUGUAUUUUUCACUUUAUUUCACCAUCACUAUUAUGACAAUGGGACCAAUCCCCACACCACUGUACAAAAGCUGUUCCUCCACAUCCACUCUGAAUGACUGUAUUUACAUCAUAAAUACUGAAUUGAACAGAUUUAAUACAAUAAAAAUGGUGGAAUUCGUCUUGAAAGUGCUAAAAACAUCUGGAGCCUGAAUUUUAUAAGCUUUGUUGAGCUUAAGCAGUAAAAAAUAAGGCCAUUAGUUCUGUUCGGCUUUCUUUCUACAGCAUUUAUUUUAUUUUAUUUCAUUCUGUUUUACAUUGUCCUGCUAACACACACACACACACACACACACACUGCCCUGCAGUCCUGCAGUGUUCCUGCAUGGUUCUCAUGGUUCUAAUAAUUCUCAGUCCUGUAAUAAAUAAAUGUGCCAUAUGUA